GGGAAGGUGGGGACUCAGGGGAAGGGGGUGUAAGAAAGAAGUAAAAGCAGGUGACGGGGAGGAAACACAGCAAUGGGGAAUCAGAGGCAACAAUAAAGGCGUUUGUUUUUUUUUUUUGGGCAAGUCAAGAAAAACAAGGACCAAGGAGAAAGCCAGCAAACAAGGAAGGGUGGAGAGAGAGUGAGAGAGAAAGAGAGAGAGAGGAGCGCAGGAACAGAGGAGGAAGAGACGAGAGACUACAUAGCACAGGUAGUUUCCAAGCACAAGAUCGGAGACCGCCGUCAUGUCCGACAGCGAGGGUCUCUUUGUCCGGCUGCAGAGGACGCUGUGCUCCUCGGGGGGCCACAUGGAGCUGGGGAAGCUGCAGCAGUCUCUGGGGAUGACUUCGGAGCGAAUGGAGCGGCUGGUGGAGGUGGAAGCGGGCAGGAGCCUGGUGAUCAGGGAGCAGAAGGACGAGGGGCGGGUGGCCGUGUAUCGCAGCGCCCUGAGGAUGUGCGCCCAGCAGCCGCCGACGUGCGGGGAAGACUGUCAGAAACUUCACCUGUGUCGCUAUUACGUAUUGGGAAGCUGCAGCAGGUCACCAUGUAAAUUUAAUCACAGCAUCCAAACGGCUCGGAACCUGCAGAUCUUACAGCGGCAUAACCUAGAACAUGUUAGAUUCAUGGAUUUACAACAAAUCUUGCUCCAGAACGACCCUGGACUCCUGCCUGAUGUUUGCCGGCACUAUAACCACGGAGGUGGCCCCCAUGGAUCCUGUAACUUUAAGGAGAGCUGUAACAAGCUCCACAUGUGUCAGCAUUACCUGCAGGACGACUGCAUGUUCGGGAGCAAAUGCAAGCGAUCACAUGACCUCCAAGAAGCCGAAACUUUGAAGAAGUUAACGAAAUGGGGCUUGAGCGGCUCUUACAUCCCCCGGCUACUGGAAACUUACCGGAAUGCCCAUGCCCUGGCAAAGAACCCCGCGCUGUCUCCCACGCAAGUAAAAACCCCAGCAAAGCCAAGAAAACCGACGGCGCAGGCGGCCCCUUUGCCCAAACCCAUUGAGGAAAUUUGCUUGUACUUCAUUCUUAAUACCUGCAGCUUCAAAGACAGGUGUGUGCGGGACCAUUUCCACCUCCCGUACAGGUGGCAGCUGUAUGAAGAUGGCACCUGGGAGGACCUUGACCCGAUGGAAACCAUCGAGAAGUUGUAUUGUGAUCCAAACAGCAGCGUUGCUGUAGACCAUCUAGAUUUCCACACCAUGACCUACAAAUCCUUUAAGGUCAGACGUCUCUCCACGCCGUCCUCUGUAUCCAAACCCCCGCACUUCAUCUUCGCCACGGACUGGCUCUGGUACUGGAAGGAUGACUACAACACGUGGAUCGAGUAUGGCAGCAAGAAUGACCUUCACAAAUCUGCCACCGUCACCAGCACGGACCUGGAGAAAACCUAUCUGUCAGAUAACACGGCCGAGGUCAACUUCCACGUUGGGAAAUAUCGCUAUGAACUGAAUUUUAAAGACAUGAUCCAGAAAAGCCGAGUAUUUGGAACAGAGAGAAAGGUUUGCAGACGGCCUAGGUUUGUGUCGAAGGAGGAUGUAACGAAGAAGAAAACGAGGAAGGUUAAAGCAUCAAAGGAGGACGACGAGUCGACCCCAAAGCAUUGGGACAAAGGCCACGUGCCCGAUGUGGGAUACAAGAUGGUCCAGCUCAUGCGGACAUCAGAAGAGUAUAAAACCAUAGAGAAGGCUUUUCGACGGACACUACCCUCCAUCAACAUCAGCAGCAUCCAACGCAUUCAAAACUUCUCUCUGUGGCAGGUUUAUCAGUGGCAGAAGGAACAGAUGAAGAAACAAAAUGGAGGACAAGACGUAGAUGAGAGACAGCUGUUCCACGGCACGGAUAGCAAAUGGAUUGACGCCAUUUGCCAACAAAACUUUGACUGGCGCAUCUGCGGGUCUCAUGGAACCGCCUAUGGUAAAGGCAGCUACUUUGCAAGAGAUUCUUCCUAUUCUCAUAGCUACAGCAAAAGACACGGUUCAGAGACGCUGGUCAUGUUUGUUGCACGUGUGCUAGUAGGGGAAUCCACGCGCGGACACUCUGCCUACCUUCGGCCACCUUCCAAGUCCUCUUCUUCAUCUGCCAGCUUCUACGACAGCUGCGUUGACAACGAAAGAAACCCAUCCAUAUUCGUCAUUUUUGAGAAGCACCAGAUCUACCCGGAAUACCUUAUCAGAUAUUCAGAGAGGUAGAACAUGAACAGAACACGCAAGACAGCAGUGAGAAGGUCUAUUUCUGUGAAUAGCGCUUACAAGCGCAUGUAGUAGCGGUCGGCCAUGGUCAACAAAACUCAUAGAUGGAGCCACCAUCGCUAUUCUCCCAACGUACUCUGAGCAUUACAACGUGUGACCUAAACCAAGUGUUGUACAAGUAAUCCAAUCAGAACUAUACGUUAGAUCAGGGGUGUCCAACCUGCGGCCCUCCAGCUGCUGCAGGACUACAUCUCCCAUAAUGCUCUUUCAGCUAAGGGGCUGGUUGAGGAGGAUUGGAGAUGUAGUCCUGCAGCAGCUGGAGGGCCGCAGGUUGGACAGCCCUGCGUUAGAAGCAUGUUAGCUUACAGUUUUCAUUCUAUAAUCCAUUUUUUAAUACUUAGUUUUAGACAAAUCGUGUAAAAAUGUAA